AUGGUUGUCUCUCAAUCAAAGUGGAUAAAUAGAGGUAAGAUAUUGCGAUUGUUUUCCUCUUUUUUCUCUUGCACUCAAGAUCAAAAUAAACUCAAACAUGAGCCUCAUAAGGUGGAAAAAAAUCUUCAGAGAGACAAUAAGGCAUCCAGGGAUGAGAACAAGGCUCUUAGAAAAGAAAAUAAGUCCCUUUGGAGAGAAAAUAAAGCUCUUCAUCAAGAAAACAAAGCCUUCCGAAUGGACAACCAUUUGAUCUGGGAGGUGAAUCAAUCCCUGAGAGAGCAAAACCAGGCCCUAUGGAAGUUUAAAAAUGUGAUUUUGGAGAGCCAAAGACCACCAGAGGAAAAAAUCAAUGCGUUGAACACAGAAAGAAAGUCUCAUUGGCAACAGAAUCGAGCCCUGGAGGCUCAGAUCAAGGCUCUCAGAGAACAGGAGAAAGCCUUCCAGAAUGAGGUGAAAGCUCUUCAGGAAGAAAUACAGUCUCUCCAUGAGGAGAUCAAGGCCCUGAAACACCAGGAGAGAGCACUCAAGAUGGAGGAACAAGACUUGAUGAAAGAAGGAAUAGCACUAGAGAUGGAAGAACGGGCUCUGUGGAAGGAGGAGCAGGCCCUUCGUGAGGAGAACAAGGCUCUUAGAGAAGAAAACAGUGCACUUCAAGAGGAGGAAAAAGCCCUUCGGGAAGAGGCAAAGGUCCUUGAGGAGUGGAAUAAGAUUCUUCUGGGAAAGAUAAGAAACACACUUACGGGGAAAAUGCACAAUAAAACAAAGCAGGAGAAUUGUGACUUGAAGAUGUAA